AUGAUUGAAGACAUCCGUGUGGUGCCGGUAUGCGGGCUUUGCACUGCAGUGGCACUUCUGAUAUUCACUUUCGUUGCUGUGCCCAGUGCACUGCGAGACUUGUACAACAUCCUCGGCGAGAACUUGUACAAGGACGAGUUUGUCCGCUUCGCUCGAGCGGGUGUGAUCGAAGCUUGCGCAGAGUUCGCAGCUGAUGAGUACUUCACAAAGCGAGCGGCAAUCACUGCCAGAAUGAGUCAAGUCUUGCAGACAAACUUUGCUAAGCCUGAAUUGGGGCUAAGCCUGGAGAUCACUGGCCUCCAGUUGAGAGAGGUUGACUUGCCAGAUGAGUUUGAUGAUGAAAUCGAGAACACACAGGAGCAGAUGCAAGAGGUGGAGGUUGGCAAAGCAGAGCGGCAGGAGCAGAUCAUCAUUAUGGAGGCUGCAACCGAAGUCGCGCUGCAGAAGGUAGAAGAGCUGCUGAAGGGUGCGCGGGGACAGGCUGCCCGGGUGCAACUCCAAAACGAGGCUACAAUCAAGCAGUUGAUGCUCGUUCAGGAGAAGCAAGCGCAGGCAAACGCUGCUAUUCUGCAGCAGUUUGCGAAUGACACCCAGCCGUUUGAGAGGCUUUUCUCUGUCAUGGAGAUCAGAGCUUUGGAUGAUCAUGCUGGGGACAAGUUGACGGUCAGUUUGUGA